CAGAAAUGUGGGCGGGAUGCGGAUAUACUUCCGGGUUCGUGUCAGAAGGCGUGUGCAAACAUGGCGUCGCUCGACCGGAUCAAGGUACUUGUUUUGGGAGAUUCAGGUGUCGGGAAGUCGUCGCUGGUUCAUUUGCUGUGUCAAAAUCAGGUGCUGGGAAAUCCUUCGUGGACAGUGGGCUGUUCCGUGGACGUGCGUGUCCAUGACUACAAAGAAGGGACUCCGGAGGAGAAAACCUUCUACAUUGAAUUGUGGGAUGUUGGCGGAUCGGUGGGCAGCGCCAGCAGCGUGAAAAGCACCAGAGCUGUUUUUUACAGCUCUGUUAACGGUAUAAUUUUAGUGCAUGACCUGACCAACAAGAAGUCCUCGCAAAAUUUAUACCGAUGGUCGCUGGAAGCUCUGAAUAAGGACUCGUCUCCAACUGGAGUCAUAGUCACAAAUGGAGAUUACGAUAGAGAGAAGUUUGCUGAGAACCCAGUGCCUUUGCUUAUGAUAGGGACUAAAUAUGACCAAAUUCCUGAAAACAAACGCAAUGAUGUCUUGACAAGGACGGCCUUCCUGUCAGAAGACUUUAAUGCUGAGGAAAUAAAUCUGGAUUGCACUAAUCCGCGGUAUCUGGCAGCAGGCUCAUCCAACGCGGUCAAGUUAAGCAGGUUCUUUGACAAGGUAAUAGAGAAGAGAUACUUCACGAAGGAGCCUAAUCAGAUGACUGGUUUCACAGACCGAAAACGUUUCAACUUCAAAAAUCUGCACUAUGACUGAGAGCCGCAUGGCGCCGGUUCUGUCCAUUUUUGAACGAUGUGGACGCUUCCCUGCUGUUAGCCGGGUGAAUUUGAAGGGACCGUUUUGGGACACGGGAGCUUCACAGAUGGGCUACCAUGAGCGAUUGAACUCAGAUGUUGAAUUCGAUUCAUUUUACUCUAUUAAAUCCUCUCACGAUAAUGCGUAUGGAGAGACAGCAGCCAUGGGAGAUAAGCGUGCUGUUUCAGAUCAUCAGAUCAGGCUCCUGCCUUGAUCUGUUCUGCCUUCCCUAAGUGCUCCUGCUGCAGGACAGAAGGAUCUAUUCAGCUGAUCAGAGGCGAAGGAAACCAACAGACCCAACCAGCCAAUCAAACAUCAAGAAAAUAGUAGUGUUUGGAAUAUCAGAAAUUAAAUACUGUGUUUUACAGUCAGGGGUACUCUGUUUAAAUUAGGUGGUUGUAUUAAAAGACCAGGUAACUGGGAGAGUGUAAACAGGAGCUCUUUGCUGACCAUCGCUGGGGGGGGGGGGGGGGGGAGUAAACGGUUCAUUCACAAACCUUCAGCAUCACAUCGUAGCUGUUCUAAUUUGUUUCAUAUAGAGAAAUUUCUAUUAAAUUUGCCAUUUUUAUCCUCUGAA